AUGGCCCCGGUUACUAGCCUCCUCGCUCACCUCAAGAGUCUUUAUUCGCCAGAAGAGGAUAAGCCAGCUAUUUCAACCCAUGCGGCAGCUGGCAUUUCGAUCUGUCUGACCCUGAUUUACGUGCUCCCUUUCUAUAUCUCACCAACAACGCGGCCGUCCGCCACUCUUAGCCGUGAUGCUCCAUCGGUGAUCAGAGCCCGGAUCAGGGUUGUAACGCUGUCUUGUAUCGUUUGCAGCUUGGCUGUUCUAUGUCUCAUUGUUAUUAAGGAUGACUCCUCUGUCUUCGAUGCCCUGAAGCUCCUGGGUUGGUGGCAAGUCAACUUCACGGACGUCUUUCGUAGCUUAAUCUUGACUGCCAUCCUAUUCACUGGGCCACUUUUCGAGCGUGGAAUUGCUGAGGGGGAAUGGAGGAGUUGGUUCGGGAAAGCUCGGAUCUCCGAGACGCUGGGCGGCUGGAUUGGAUGGAGAAAUUAUGUCGCUGGUCCCAUUACAGAGGAAGUCAUGUUCCGAUCAGCCAUAAUACCUCUACAUAUUCUUGCUCGGGUUAGUCCAGGGCGUAUCGUUUGGACAGCUCCGUUGUAUUUUGGUGUCGCCCACGUGCAUCAUUUCUAUGAGUUUAGGUUGACUCAUCCUGAUACUUCAAUCAUCGCUGCGGCGCUUCGCUCUGCUUUUCAAUUCGGAUUUACAACUGUGUUUGGCUGGUAUGCCACUUUCAUCUAUCUCCGAACGGGUUCUCUUAUUGCUGUCAUCAUUAUCCAUACCUUUUGCAACUGGUGCGGGCUUCCUCGUCUGUGGGGAAGGGUUGAGGCGGCAGUUCCAAUAGGGCCUACCCUCAGUCGAGGGAAGGAAGAUUCUGACAGGAGCCUAGAAUACUCCUAUGACCAGCUCGGUAUUGGAUGGAGCGUCGCAUAUUAUGUCCUCCUCGUCUUUGGGGCUAUUGGGUUCUGUUGCGCACUGUGGCCGUUGACAGAGUCUACACACGCUUUGGCAAAUUUCGCCAGUUCGCGAUGA